AACUAUUGUGGAAAUCAAAAAUAGUAUUUGGAGCAGGCGAAGAAAUAGAUCUAUUCAACUUGUAUUCAGAGGAGACCACCCCUUCCCCUCUGUAGUAGUGGAUUGAUUGAACUAUUAGAAGGAGAGAGAGAAAAAAGAGAAGGGGAAGAUCAGCAUCAGCGUCAUCGUCAGUAGUGAUGGAUUUGGAUCAAUGGAUAGCGAAGGUUAAAGAAGGACAGCAUCUUUUGGAAGACGAGCUCCAGCUUCUCUGCGAAUACGUAAAAGAGAUCCUCAUUGAGGAGUCCAAUGUGCAGCCCGUUAACAGCCCUGUCACUGUCUGUGGUGAUAUUCAUGGCCAGUUUCAUGAUCUUAUGAAACUUUUCCAGACUGGGGGUCAUGUACCCGAGACUAAUUACAUUUUUAUGGGCGAUUUUGUUGAUCGAGGUUAUAAUAGUCUUGAAGUAUUCACUAUUCUUUUGCUUCUCAAAGCAAGAUACCCAGCUAAUAUUACACUUUUGCGUGGAAAUCAUGAAAGCAGGCAACUAACACAGGUAUAUGGUUUCUAUGAUGAGUGCCAGAGGAAGUAUGGGAAUGCCAAUGCAUGGCGGUAUUGUACUGAUGUUUUUGAUUAUCUGACACUAUCAGCAAUUAUAGAUGGCACUGUGCUUUGCGUCCAUGGUGGUCUUUCUCCUGACAUCCGAACUAUCGAUCAGAUAAGAGUAAUUGAACGGAAUUGUGAGAUUCCACAUGAAGGGCCAUUCUGUGAUCUCAUGUGGAGUGAUCCUGAAGAUAUAGAGACAUGGGCAGUUAGCCCCCGAGGAGCAGGUUGGCUUUUUGGGUCUAGGGUCACUUCUGAGUUCAAUCACAUUAACAAUCUUGAUCUGGUAUGUCGAGCGCACCAACUUGUACAAGAAGGUCUCAAGUACAUGUUUCAAGAUAAAGGCUUAGUCACUGUCUGGUCUGCACCAAAUUACUGUUACCGUUGUGGAAAUGUAGCUUCUAUAUUGAGCUUCAAUGAGAAUAUGGAGAGGGAAGUGAAGUUUUUUACAGAAACGGAGGAAAACAACCAGAUGAGAGGGCCCAGGACAGGAGUUCCAUAUUUCUUAUGAUUGGGGAGAAUAAGUUGCUGCAUUACUUGUAAGAUCAUGGAAGCACCGUUGCUGCUUAUCUUGGAAGACAUUUAUUUAAUGUUGGGGGACUGGAGAGUACGUCAUUGUUUACAUGCUCGCAGAUGGACCUUCCAUUUGGGCUUGGGGUGGAGCCUCUCCCAUUCUCCCAAGGCUUCUACUGGGGAUUUGUUGCCUGUGUAUUAGAGUUUUCUUUCUUCUUUCUUCUCUUUUUUUUUUUUUUUUCUAAUUUAUGCAUGGGUUAUUUGUUAGAUAGCGUCGUUUUAUUCCAGGAUGUUGAAUUUCGUUGUGUACCAGUCUACUGUUUUACCAAAGCUUCUUUCACUAAGUUGGAUUUCUGCGGAGUACCUUGAUUGGUUGGAAGUGAAGAAGCAAUAUGUUUCUUCAAAAUUUCCAAAUUAAAGUUUCCAUGGCAAGUUGACUUA